AUGGCUGUCCGACCAGAUGAUCCCAAAUUUGAAGAAACUCUGUUACGAUGGAAUGAAGAACUCGACAAUGAACCUGAUUCAGAUAAUGACGGCACUGACUAUGACGACCAUGUUUCAAUUCAGUCAGACAGGGAGAGCACCUACUCAACGGAUGAUAGUGAAGUAGAGUGUGAGACAGAACAACAACUUCCUGGCAAAGUAAUAAAAGGAAAAAAUGGACAUAUUUGGAGCACUGAGCUUCCAUGUCGUACUCGAACACCUAAGCGAAACAUUGUUUCAUGUAUUCCAAGACCAAAAGGUGCGGCCAAAAAUAUUUCAACGGAAUUAGAGGCAUGGAAGUUAUUUUUUAGCGCGAAUGUUAUAGAUAUUAUAGCGGUGCAUACAAAUAUGGAAAUAGAACGACAAAGAGGGAAAUAUGUUGCUAAUUGUGGCUUUGUUAACGAGACAGACGUUGAAGAGAUCUUGGCUUUGAUAGGACUGCUUUAUAUUAUUAUAGGUUGUAACUAUAGCAGAAAUGUGGUCAAAGCAUGGAUCAGAAGUGUAUCGAUGCGUAAUGAGUGA